UGACUAAGAUUCACUUUUAUAACGACAAGCAUGUUUGGAAGUAAGAGACUGACAUCUUGAAAUCCUUCCUGUACUUCCUAUUCAUCCGCCUAUAGUGUCUAAUUUAUUGCUCCAUAUUUUUGUACAGAAACUUAUGAAGAAUAUUGACGAGUAUAUUAGUUCAACUCCACAAAUAGCUGAGGAUGGCGGGAUUGUUCUGGGAUCUAAAAGAACUACUGCAUUUCUGGUUGAUGCUAAGACUGGCCGCCUGAUUUAUACAUAUAGGAUGCCUGACUCUCCAGCAACUAACAACAAUGACAUUACUUUUCAUCAUAAUGGCACCAUUGAUGAAGAGAGUCUGCCCACAUACACGCUUUACAUCACCAGAACAGACUAUGCAUUGACAUCUUUUAUUCCAAACUCAGACCAAGUGUUAUGGAACAUGACUGUUGCUGAAAUAGGGGCUGCUUCUCUUUGCAAAGACAUCGAGGAUCCAUUUAGUGGGGAUAUUCUGGAUUCUGACAGAUCUGAACCUGACGUACAUUUCGAUAUGCCAUUGCCAUGUCAGUCAAGGGCCCUUAUCCACAGACGUCGAAGUCAGCAGGAGAAGAUGCUCCCGGGUGCUCAUCGUCCGGAGCUCCCCUCAUCAGAGACAAAUGUUGAUAAUGCAGACACCUCCCAUUUGGAAUAUGUUAUAAAAAGAACUGUGUUUGGCAUAUUGGUGGUGUUCAUACUUUUAAUCAUCAAAAAGAAAAAUUCAGAAGAUGUUAAAACCCAAUUUAAAGAAGGAAUAACCAAGUCUUCUGAAAGAUUGAGCACGCCAGUUCGCAAUAUUUUAGCCACUCUUGUGGGAGCUUUAACACGCAAUCGUGAUUCAGUGGCUGAAGUCAAGUUGGUUAGACAGCCCGGCAACUCACAUUCACCAAAUGUACCUUCAAAAAGGAAAAAGUCUCGGAAGUCUGGAAAGAGUGGGAGCAAUGGUGAGAAAAGUGAUAAAGGCCCCUCAUCUGAUGGUGGACUUCAGUAUGCAGAUGUGGAUGCUGAUAAUAAACUGUUGCUGAACCUUAUUCAACCAAGUAUAUAUGGCAAAGGUGGGCGCACUAUCGGUAAGUUGUUUGUCUCCAGUACAGAGAUUGCUAAAGGGAGCAAUGGUACAGUUGUCCUUGAAGGAAUUUAUGAUGGUCGUGCAGUUGCUGUGAAAAGGCUUGUCCGGGCACAUCAUGAUAUUGCCUUCAAAGAAAUAAAGAAUCUUAUUGCAUCUGAUCGACAUCCAAAUAUUGUUCGGUGGUAUGGUGUGGAACAAGACCAAGAUUUUGUUUAUCUUGCAUUGGAACGCUGCAUUUGCAGCUUGAGUGACCUUAUUCAGAUUUAUGCCGACACUACAGUAAAUGCACGUCUUAAUCAGAACUUGGAUGCAGAAUCUACAAAGCGUAGAAUUCAUUUGGACUAUUUGAAGGGUAUUAUGUUGGAUACUGAGUUAAGGAAAGAAAAUGGUUUUCCUUCCCCUUUGUUGCUCAAAUUGAUGAGGGAUGUGGUAUCUGGUCUUGUGCAUCUUCAUGAUUUGGGGAUCAUUCAUCGAGACCUGAAGCCCCCAAAUGUUUUGAUAACUAAGGAAAGAUUCUUAGGUGCUAAGCUUUCUGACAUGGGAAUUAGCAAGCGCCUCAUUGGAGAUAUGUCUUCAUUAGGUCAUCACGCGACAGGUUAUGGAAGUUCAGGAUGGCAAGCUCCUGAACAGCUUCUUCAUGGACGUCAAACACGUGCUGUUGAUAUAUUCAGUCUGGGGUGUGUUCUGUUUUUCUGCGUGACUGAUGGUAGUCAUCCCUUUGGAAGCCCUCUUGAGCGUGACAUUAACAUUACAAAGAACAAAAUUGAUCUUUUCUUGGUGGAACAUAUCCCUGAAGCUGUGGAUCUCUUUUCUCAAUUAUUAGACCCCAAUGCUGAGUUGAGACCGAAGGCCGUGGACGUGCUUGCUCAUCCUUUCUUUUGGACAUCUGAGAUGCGAUUGUCAUUUCUUCGUGACUCAAGCGACAGGGUGGAACUCGAAGACAGGGAGACUUCUUCUGAUCUCCUGAAAGCAUUGGAAGGUACAGCACCAGUUGCUUUGGGUGGGAAAUGGGAUGAGAAGAUGGAACCUCCAUUCAUCAACAAUAUUGGUCGUUACAGGCGUUAUAAAUUCGACAGUGUUCGUGAUUUGCUGCGAGUCAUGCGUAACAAGCUAAAUCAUUAUAGAGAGCUUCCCACCGAAAUUCAGGAAAUUUUAGGAACUGUACCAGAAGGAUUUGAUGGCUAUUUUAGGUGUCGGUUUCCCAAAUUACUAAUUGAAGUGUAUAAAGUGAUGUCAGAUUACUGUAGAAAUGAAGAAUGUUUCCAGAAGUACUUCACAAGCAGUGUACUCUGACUCCUCCAAAUAGCGCCUGAAUCUUGUUCAAUACCUGAAUGUAUGAUGUAACAUGUAAUGUAGUCUAUAUAUGUAAAUAUGAUCAACCUAUAUAUUCUUAUUGAAGUGUAUAUUUAUGUCGACCAACAUUUCACUUC